AUGUCCACUACGGCCCAGGGAACAGCCCAGGCCGCUGUAGAGACCACAGAGGUCCAGCAACUCACGCCAGACACCCUCAACGAUACACACUCACCCGCCCCCGCGAAGAAGAAUAGAUGGUCCCUCAAACCAGAAAAGCACAACGAAAAGCAGCACCAUUCACGCUCUGCUACUCCCUCUGACAAUGGUACAAACACUACGACCACAAAGAUUAAUGGCAAAGGUCAAGUCAAGAAGGAGCUAAAGGCCCUUGAAGACGCUGCAAAUAAGCAAAAGGAGGAAUUCCCGCCCGUUCCCUUUUUCGCACUCUACCGUUUCACGACUAAAUUCGAGGUAUUCUCAACCUCGUUGGCAUCGUCUGUGCCGUCGCAAGUGGUGCAGCCCAGGUCACCUCUCAUGACGCUCAUGUUCGGUAAUCUGACUGUCGCUUUUGUCGACUUUGGCACGGCCGCCGCAAACGCGUUCCAGAGUGGUGCCUCUCCAGAAGCCUUUGCUGCCCUCCAGCAAGCCGCAGACCACUUCCGUAGUGUCGCAGCCAAAGAUGCCCUCUAUCUCGUCUGCAUCGGUAUCGGCAUGUUUGCCACAACCUACCUCUACAUGGUCACAUGGAUCCGGACCUCGGAAGUCGCCGCGAAGCGUAUCCGUGAGCGCUAUCUGCAGGCCAUUCUCCGCCAGGACGUUGCCUUUUUCGACACUGUCGGCGCUGGAGAAGUUGCCACACGUAUCCAGACCGAUACCCAUCUCGUCCAGCUCGGCAUCAGCGAAAAGGUACCCGUCGCGGUUUCGUUCAUGGGCGCCUUUGUUGCCGGUUUCAUCCUCGCCUUUGUCCGCAACUGGAAACUUGCGCUCGCAUGCGCGUCCAUCGUGCCAUGCAUUGCCAUCACGGGUGGCCUGAUGAACUUUUUCAUCUCAAAGCUCAAGCUUGCCACCCUCGGCCACGUCGCCGAGAGUGGUAGUUUGGCAGAAGAAGUCAUUUCGACCAUUCGCACGGCCCAGGCCUUUGGCACACAACACAAGCUCGCCGGAAUGUACGACGUCCACAUCGAACGCGCGCACUCUCUCGACAAGAAAAUGGCCGUCAUCAACGGCCUUGGCCUUGGUGUCUUUUUCUUUGUCAUUUACAGCGCAUACGGUCUCGCCUUUUCGUUUGGCACCACACUCCUCUUGCGCGGAGAGGUCGAUGUCGGUGUCAUCGUCAACGUUUUCCUCGCAAUCCUCAUCGGCAGUUUCUCCCUUGCCAUGCUCGCCCCCGAACUCACGGCCAUUUCCAACGCUCGUGGUGCGGCGAGCAAGCUCUUUGCCACUAUCGACCGUGUACCGCCCAUCGACUCUGCCUCUCCAGACGGUCUCAAGCCCCACCGUGACUCGAUCAAGGGCGAGAUUGUCGUCGAGGAUGUUCGUUUCAAUUACCCUUCCCGUCCGGAUGUGCCUAUCCUCAAGGGUGUCACGCUCACGUUCCCACCCGGCAAGACGGCUGCCCUCGUGGGUGCUUCAGGAAGUGGCAAGUCGACCAUAGUCGCCCUUGUCGAACGCUUCUACGACCCGCUCGAAGGUCGUGUGCUUUUGGACGGUACGGAUAUUCGUGAGCUCAACGUCAAGUGGCUUCGUAGCCAGAUUGGUCUCGUCUCGCAGGAACCCACUCUGUUUGCUACGACCAUCCGUGGAAACGUCGAGCAUGGGUUGAUCGGUACCGGUAUGGAGAACCUCCCCGACGAGGAACGGUUUGCAAAGGUCAAAGAGGCGUGCAUCAAGGCCAACGCCGAUGGUUUCAUCUCUGCUUUGCCAGACGGUUACGAUACGCUCGUUGGUGAACGUGGUUUCCUCUUGAGCGGUGGCCAAAAGCAGCGUAUCGCCAUUGCCCGUGCCAUCGUUUCGGAUCCAAAGGUCUUGUUGUUGGACGAAGCAACCAGUGCAUUGGAUACUCAAAGCGAAGGUGUUGUGCAAAACGCUCUCGACAAGGCUUCCAAGGGACGUACGACGAUCACAAUCGCGCACCGUCUUAGCACGAUCAAGGACGCCGAGACCAUCUUCGUCAUGGGUGACGGACAGGUUCUCGAACAAGGAACGCAUGCCGAACUGUUGCGCGACACCGAGGGACCCUACGCCAAGCUCGUCGCAGCCCAGAAACUCAGGGAACAACAGAUGCAGGAAAACGAGAUCAAUACCUCUGGCACGAACACGCCACUCCCACCGAGCUAUGGCGGUCCUACCCAAAGUGGCGAACAUGGUUUGGAAAGCGACCCAGCGGCCAUGAUGAAGGCACGUAUGAAGGCACAAGCAGACAAGGAGAAGCAAAUCGAGGAAGAAGCUGCCAAGGAGAAGCCUCUUGGACGUACGGAUACGAGCAAGUCUCUUGCCAGCGAAAUCCUCAAGCAACGUCUCGCAGCCGAAGCUGGAGAUGGCAAAGGCGAAAAGGAGUAUGGAAUGUGGUAUAUCCUCCGACGCAUGGCCAUUAUCAACAAGGACAGUUGGAAACACUAUGUACUCGGAUUCACUGCCGCUGCCUGCACGGGAAUGGUCUAUCCAGCGUUUGGUAUCGUCUAUGGUCGCGCUAUGGAGGCGUUCCAGUCGACAGGCCGCGAAUUGCGCGUCAAGGGUGAUCGCGCUGCCCUUUGGUUCUUCCUCAUUGCUAUUGCGUCGACCAUUGCCAUCCAGCUACAAAACAUGGCGUUUAUGCGCACCGCUGGAGAUCUUUCCUUCCGUCUGCGCCACCUCGGCUUCCGCGCAAUCCUCCGCCAGGACAUUGCUUAUUUCGACGACGAGAAGCACUCGACGGGUUCGCUCACGUCUAGUUUGUCGCAGAACCCCGAAAAGAUUUCGGGUCUUGCGGGUGUGACGCUCGGUGCCAUCGUCCAGGCCAUUGUCACCGUCAUCGGAGGAAGUGUGAUCGGUCUCGCGUACGGUUGGAAACUGGCCUUGGUUGGCAUUGCAUGCAUUCCAUUCGUCAUUUCCGCUGGAUACGUCCGCCUUCGUGUCGUCGUCAUGAAGGACCAGAUCAACAAGCAUGCGCACGAAGAUAGUGCGCAACUUGCGUGCGAGGCAGCUGGCGCAAUCAAGACGGUCGCGAGUCUAACGCGUGAAGAGGAUUGUUUGAGAUUGUAUAGCAAGAGUCUCGAGGAGCCACUCCGGGUGUCCAACCGCUCAGCAUUCAACUCGACAUUCUGGUUCGCCCUCUCGCAAUCCAUGGUCUUCUUCGUCAUCGCCCUCGUGUUCUGGUACGGCUCUCGUCUCGUCGCAAGCCUCGAGUACAACACAUUCCAAUUCUUCGUUUGUCUCAUGAGCGUAACGUUUGGUGGUGUACAAGCCGGCAACGUCUUUGCGUUUGUGCCCGACAUUUCCGAAUCCCACAUUGCUGGCUCGAACCUUGUCGCCCUCUUCGACUCGACGCCCGAGGUCGACUCCGAGUCGACAGAAGGCAAGAAGAUUGAGAAAGUACGUGGACGUAUCGAGGUCAAGGACGUUCACUUCCGCUAUCCAACGCGUCCUGGUGUCCGUGUCCUUCGUCACUUUAACCUCACUGUCGAACCGGGCACACACGUCGCGCUCGUCGGUGCCUCUGGAAGUGGCAAGUCGACUAUCAUUCAGUUGAUCGAACGAUUCUACGACCCUCUCGCGGGAGAGGUUGUUGUAGAUGGAGAAAAUAUCGCCGACUUGAACGUGCAAGAGUACAGGAAGAACCUCGCCCUAGUGUCUCAGGAGCCGACUUUGUACGCCGGAACGGUCCGCUUCAACAUUUUGCUCGGUGCUACCAAGCCAGUGGAAGAGGUCACACAACAAGAGAUUGAAGCCGCCUGCCGUGACGCCAAUAUCCUCGACUUUAUCAACUCGCUCCCAGACGGAUUCGAGACUGAAGUCGGUGGCAAGGGAUCCCAACUCUCUGGUGGCCAAAAGCAACGUAUCGCGAUUGCCCGUGCUCUCUUGCGUAAUCCAUCGAUCCUAUUGCUCGAUGAAGCCACGAGUGCUCUCGACUCUAACUCGGAACGUGUCGUACAGGAUGCAUUGGAUCGGGCUGCAAAGGGACGGACGACCAUCUCGAUUGCGCACCGUCUCGCGUCGAUUCAAAAGUGCGACAAGAUUCAUUUCGUCAGCGAGGGACGUAUUGUGGAGAGUGGAACACAUGACGAAUUGUUGAGACUCAACGGCAAAUAUGCCGAGUAUGUCCUCUUGCAGGAUUUGUCUGGACAGGCGGCCUAA